UGAGAAGUCAUCCCCUAAGAGCCACAUGGUUUGUCCCAGCGUUUUGGGCGGAUCUUCCACCAGGGAGCUGGCCUGGGAGGUCUGUGCGUCCUUGCCUUUCCGAUAAAGGGGCCGGGCGCAGAUGUGCGGGCAGAGAUGCCUGCAGCCCUUGCCUGCCUGCUGCUGCUCCUGGCAGGCUGCCUGGGGUGCCAGCAGCAUGCCUGCCGCUGCCUGGGCAGGGUCUUCGUCUGCCAGGAGAGCCAGGUGCUCCAGGUGCCCCGGGACAUCCCUGCCAACACCACCGAGCUGAGAUUUGUCCUCACCAAGAUGAGAGUCAUUCCCAAAGGAGCUUUUGCAGGACUUGUUGACCUAGAGAAAAUAGAGAUCUCACAGAAUGAUGCCUUGGAGGUCAUAGAAGCAAAUGUGUUUUCCAACCUUCCCAAACUACAUGAAAUAAGAAUUGAGAAAGCAAACAACCUCGUGUACAUGGAUAAAGAUGCCUUCCAACAUCUUCCUAGCCUCAGAUAUUUGUUAAUAUCAAACACUGGCCUUCGGUUUUUACCUGCUGUCCACAAGAUUCACUCUCUCCAGAAAGUUUUGCUAGAUAUUCAAGACAAUAUCAAUAUACGUACAAUAGAAAGAAAUUCAUUCAUGGGCCUGAGUUCUGAAAGUGUGAUUCUAUGGCUCAAUAAAAAUGGAAUUCAGGACAUUGAGAAUCAUGCAUUUAAUGGAACAUACCUGGAUGAGCUAAAUCUAAGUGAUAAUCACAACCUAGAAAAAUUACCAAAUGAGAUCUUCCAAGGAGCCAAUGGACCCAUUGUUUUGGAUAUUUCCAGCACGAAAAUCAGUUUCCUGCCAAGUCAUGGAUUAGAACACAUUAAGAAGCUAAGAGCAAGGUCUACAUACAAUUUAAAAAAGCUUCCUGACUUAAGCAAAUUUAGAUCUUUGAUUGAGGCAAACUUCACCUAUCCUAGCCAUUGCUGUGCAUUUACAAACUGGAAAAGACAAAAGACAGAAUUACAUCCCAUAUGUAGCAUAUCUCAGGUAAAGCAGGACUUUGAGGAGAAGCCUGGCAAAAUACUACAGAGAAGGUCUGCAGCUGAAGAUGACAUUUCCAACUACGGCAUAGGAUUUGACCCGGCAGAGAAUGAAUUUGACUACGGUUUAUGCAACGAAGUAGUUAAUGUAGCCUGCUCUCCUAAACCUGAUGCUUUCAACCCAUGUGAAGACAUCAUGGGAUACAACAUUCUGAGAGUCCUGAUAUGGUUCAUCAACAUUUUAGCUAUUACCGGGAACACCGUUGUCCUCAUUAUUUUAAUAAGCAGUCAAUACAAACUCACCGUUCCUCGCUUUCUCAUGUGCAACCUUGCCUUUGCCGACCUCUGCAUAGGGAUCUACCUGCUGUUCAUUGCCUCUGUAGACAUCCAGACCCAAAGCCAGUACUACAACUACGCCAUAGAGUGGCAGACGGGGGCAGGCUGCAACGCUGCGGGGUUCUUCACGGUGUUCGCCAGCGAGCUGUCGGUGUACACGCUGACGGUGAUCACGCUGGAGCGCUGGCACACCAUCACCUACGCCAUGCAGCUGGACCGCAAGCUGCGGCUGCGGCACGCCGUGCCCAUCAUGGUUUUUGGCUGGGUGUUUGCUUUCACGGUAGCACUCCUCCCCAUCUUUGGGGUCAGCAGCUACAUGAAGGUCAGCAUCUGUCUUCCCAUGGAUAUAGAAACACCGUUUGCCCAGGCUUACGUCAUGUUCCUCUUAGUGCUGAAUGUACUCGCGUUUGUCGUUAUCUGCAUCUGCUACACCUGCAUCUACUUCACCGUGCGAAACCCCAACGUCAUCUCUUCCAACAGCGACACCAAGAUCGCCAAGCGCAUGGCCAUACUGAUCUUCACCGACUUCCUCUGCAUGGCACCCAUAUCUUUCUUUGCUAUAUCAGCCUCACUCAAGGUUCCUCUCAUCACAGUGUCCAACUCCAAGAUCCUCCUGGUUUUGUUUUACCCCAUUAACUCCUGCGCUAACCCUUUCCUCUACGCCAUUUUCACAAAGACUUUCCGCAGGGAUUUCUUCAUUCUCUUGAGCAAGUUUGGGUGCUGUGAAAUGCAAGCCCAGAUUUACAGAACAGAGAUUUCCUCAUCUGCUCAUACUUUCCACACAAGAAAUGGCCACUGCCCUCCUGCAUCAAAAAACAAUGAGGGCAAUAUUUAUGCUUUGGUUCCCCUGAAUCACUUGAACUGA